CCGCAGCCUCCCGAGGAAUGCGAGGCGGCGGGGAUGCGUGCGGCUUGCGGGCCGGGGCUGUGAGCUGGAGUCGGGCGACCUGGCGCCCGCGCUCGGAUAUGGGGAGUCUCAGUUGUCCUAGCAGCAGCGCCAGCCACGGAAACCUGCCGCAUCUGCUUCUGUUUUUCCUCUUCGUGAGACCGUUCAACUGUCUGGCGAGUUACAGCCGGGCCACGGAGAUUCUGUACAGCCUGAACGAGGGGCUACCGGCGGGGGUGCUCAUCGGCAGCCUGGCGGAGGACCUGCGGCUGCUGCCCAGCGCCAGGGGGCAGGACCUGCAGUCGCAGUCGCCUCAGCACAGCGUCGCCGAGAGGAACCCUCCUCUCUCCUUCAGCCUGGCCUCCCAGGGGCUGAGUGGCCAGUACGUGACCCUCGACAACCGCUCAGGGGAGCUACACACUUCUGCCCAGGAGAUCGACCGGGAGGCCUUGUGUCUUGAAGGAGGCAGAGGGACUGCCUGGGGGGGCAGCAUUUCCAUCUCCUCUUCGCCUUCGGCUGACUCGGCUGACUCUUGUCUUUUGCUUCUGGAUGUCCUAGUCCUGCCUCAGGAAUACUUUAGGUUUGUGAAGGUAAAAAUCGCUAUCCGGGACAUCAAUGACAAUGCCCCGCGGUUUCCUAUUUCCCAAAUAUCAGUUUGGGUUCCAGAAAAUGCACCUGUAAACACCCGGCUGGCCAUAGAGCAUCCUGCCGUGGACCCAGAUAUGGGCACUAAUGGUGUUCAGACCUACCGCUUGCUGGACUACCAUCGUAUGUUCACCCUGGACGUGGAGGAGAAUGAGAAUGGGGAGCGCACCCCCUACCUAAUUGUCAUGGGACUGUUGGACAGAGAGACCCAGGACCAGUAUGUGAGCAUCAUCAUAGCUGAGGAUGGUGGGUCUCCACCACUGAUAGGCAGUGCCACCCUCACCAUUGGCAUAAGUGACAUUAAUGACAAUUGCCCACUCUUCACAGACUCACAAAUCAACAUCACCGUGUAUGGGAAUGCUACUGUGGGCACACCAAUUGCAGCUGUUCAGGCUGUGGACAGAGACUUGGGAAACAAUGCUCAGAUCACCUACUCUUACAGUCAGAAAGUUCCACAAGCAUCCAAGGAUUUAUUCCAUUUGAAUGAAAACACCGGGGUCAUUAAACUUUUCAGUAAGAUUGGAGGAAGUGUUCUGCAAACACACAAGCUCACCAUCCUUGCUAAUGGACCAGGCUGCAUCCCUGCUGUGAUCACUGCCCUGGUGACUAUUAUCAGAGUCAUUUUCAGGCCUCCUGAAAUCAUCCCUCGUUAUAUAGCGAAUGAGAUAGAUGGUAUUAUUUACCUGAAAGAAUUGGAGCCUAUUAACACUCCAAUUGCAUUCUUUACCAUAAGAGAUCCAGAAGGUAAAUACAAGGUAAACUGCUAUCUGGAAGGUGAAGGACCAUUUAGGUUAUUGCCCUACAAACCAUAUAGUAAUGAGUAUCUUCUAGAAACGACAAAACCUAUGGAUUAUGAGCUACAGCAAUUCUAUGAAAUAGCCAUAGUAGCUUGGAACUCUGAGGGAUUUCAAGUUAAAAAAAUGAUUAAAGUGCAACUUUUAGAUGACAAUGAUAAUGCUCCUGUUUUCCUUCAACCCUUGGUAGAACUAACCAUUGAAGAAAAUAAUGCACCCAAUGCCUUUUUGACUAAGCUAGAUGCUACAGAUGCUGACAGUGGAGAGAGGGGCCAAGUUUCAUAUUUUCUGGGACCUGAUGCUCCAUCAUAUUUUUCCUUAGACAGUGUCACAGGAAUUCUGACAGUUUCUACUCAGCUGGAUCGAGAGGAGAAAGAAACGUAUAGGUACACAGUCAGAGCUGUUGACUCUGGGAAGCCACCCCAAGAAUCAGUAGCUACUGUUAUUAUCACAGUGUUGGAUAAAAAUGACAACAGCCCUAGGUUCAUCAACAAGGACUUCAGCUUCUUUGUGCCAGAAAAUUUUCCAGGAUAUGGUGAAAUUGGAGUGAUUAGUGUCACAGACGCCGAUACUGGGCAAAACGGAUGGGUUGCUCUCUCCGUGGUGAACCAGAGUGAUAUUUUUGUCAUAGACACUGGAAAGGGCCUGCUGAGAGCUAAAGUCUCUUUGGACAGAGAGCAGCAAAGCUCCUACACUUUGUGGGUUGAAGCCGUCGAUGGGGGUAUGCCUCCCCUCUCCUCUACUGCAAAAAUCACAAUUCUCCUUCUAGAUAUUAACGACAACCCACCUCUCGUUUUAUUCCCUCAGUCUAACAUGUCUUACUUGUUGGUGUUGCCUUCUACUCUCCCUGGCUCACUAGUUACAGAGGUCUAUGCAGUUGACAAAGACACAGGCAUGAAUGCUGUCAUAGCCUAUAGCAUCAUAGGGAGAAGAGGGCCUAGGCCUGAAUCCUUUAGAAUUGACCCUAAAACUGGCAACAUUACUUUGGAGGAGGCAUUGUUGCAGACAGAUUAUGGGCUCCAUCGUUUAUUGGUGAAAGUGAGUGAUCAUGGUUAUCCAGAACCUCUCCAUUCCACAGUCAUGGUGAAUCUAUUUGUCAAUGACACCGUCAGUAAUGAGAGCUACAUUGAGAAUCUUUUAAGAAAGGAACCAGAAAUUAGCAUAGAAGAGAAAGAACCACAGAUUUCAAUAGAACCAACUCAAAGGAAAGGUGAAUCCGUGUCCUGUAUGCCCACAUUAAUAGCUCUAUCUGUAAUAAGCUUGAGUUCUAUCACAUUCUUAACAGGGAUGGGCAUAUAUAUCUGUUUAAGGAGAGAAAAGAAACACCAUAGGGAGGAUGAAAAUUUGGAAGUACAAACUCCAUUAAAAGGAAAAAUUGACUUGCAUAUGAGAGAGAGGAAACCAAUAGAUAUUUCUAAUAUUUGAUUUUUUUUUCUGUGGAAUAGUAGAGAUAUUUCAACUGAUUUUGGGGAUUUCUCACCACCAAAACAAGAAUGUGGAUGGCAGUUCAAAUAAAGGACAUCUAAUUUAUAACUUGUACUAUAUUGUAAAUAGCUGUUUACAGGUUUUUAAAUUCAAAAUCAGAAGUUAUAAUAUGUGUACAGAAAGUUUUAAAUGAAAUUGUUACUAACAGUUAUGGAACUGUUAUUUA